GAGGCGGCGGCGGCGGCGGCGGCGGGAGCGGGAGCGGGAGCGGGCGCGGGCGGCGAGUGGGGAGCGGGGUCUGGAGUGGAGCAGCCGCCGCGGCGGGAGUGGACCGAGCCUUGCCGGUGCGCACCUGCCCGCAGCGCCCGCGGAGCGCGCAGCGCGGCCCGAGCGCGACGACCUCCCGAGCAGCGGCCGAGGCGGCGGUGCGGGCGCGUCAGGCCGCGACGAGGGCGCUGAGACAAGUUUACAUGUAUUGGAGACCAGACCAGAAGCCCUUCUGAAUUAAGAUCUCACAUUCUUGGAGGUGGCAUCGAAGAGCACUAAGAUCAGAAGAUGAGUGAGCUUGACCAGUUACGGCAGGAGGCCGAGCAACUUAAGAACCAGAUUCGAGACGCCAGGAAAGCAUGUGCAGAUGCAACUCUCUCUCAGAUCACAAACAACAUCGACCCAGUGGGAAGAAUCCAAAUGCGCACGAGGAGGACACUGCGAGGGCACCUGGCCAAGAUCUACGCCAUGCACUGGGGCACAGACUCCAGGCUUCUCGUCAGUGCCUCGCAGGAUGGUAAACUUAUCAUCUGGGACAGCUACACCACCAACAAGGUCCACGCCAUCCCUCUGCGCUCCUCCUGGGUCAUGACCUGUGCAUACGCCCCUUCUGGGAACUAUGUGGCCUGCGGUGGCCUGGAUAACAUUUGCUCCAUUUACAAUCUGAAAACUCGUGAGGGGAACGUGCGCGUGAGUCGUGAGCUGGCAGGACACACAGGUUACCUGUCCUGCUGCCGAUUCCUGGAUGACAAUCAGAUCGUCACCAGCUCUGGAGACACCACAUGUGCCCUGUGGGACAUCGAGACCGGCCAGCAGACGACCACGUUUACCGGACACACUGGAGAUGUCAUGAGCCUUUCUCUUGCUCCUGAUACCAGACUGUUUGUCUCUGGUGCUUGUGAUGCUUCAGCCAAACUCUGGGAUGUGCGAGAAGGCAUGUGCCGGCAGACCUUCACCGGCCACGAGUCUGACAUCAAUGCCAUUUGCUUCUUUCCAAAUGGCAAUGCAUUUGCCACUGGCUCAGACGAUGCCACCUGCAGGCUGUUUGACCUUCGUGCCGACCAGGAGCUCAUGACUUACUCCCACGACAACAUCAUCUGUGGGAUCACCUCUGUCUCCUUCUCCAAGAGUGGGCGCCUCCUCCUCGCUGGGUACGACGACUUUAACUGCAACGUCUGGGACGCGCUCAAAGCCGACCGGGCAGGUGUCUUGGCUGGGCAUGACAACCGCGUCAGCUGCCUGGGCGUGACUGAUGAUGGCAUGGCUGUGGCGACAGGGUCCUGGGAUAGCUUCCUCAAGAUCUGGAACUAACGCCAGUAGCAUGUGGAUGCCAUGGAGACUGGAAGACCAUUCCAACUUGGACGCGUUACCAUGAGAGCAUAUCCUAUCCAACCGUACUAACGUGGACACCCUACACCUCCCCUCAGAACUUCAAAAGGGCAAGAUCUUUUUUCCUUCACUUAUUGCUGAAACCAAGAGCACAAUUCCCAGUAAGAGAAGGAUCUCUGUGCUGUAAAACUAAAACAAAUUGUGCAUUCCUUCCGGGGCCAUCGUCUUUGUUUUCUUUUUUGUCUUGAAUGAAUUUUAAAAGGAAAUAUAUAAUAAAAAUGUUAACCAGAAGGUAAACUUGAGUGUAAUUGUGAGACAGACACACCUUUCCACUAGUUUAUUUGAAUUUUAGACCAGUGACCCUGUUUUGUGGCAUUCACGCAAAACACGCUGAGGGCUUUGUUCAUCUGGUCAUCGUGUCCAAAUUUCAGUCAUGUUUGUAGCAAGAUUUUGGAAGCAUUCAUAUUUCCUUUUUAAAAUAUAUUCCUUUGUGUUCAACAGUUAAUCAAAACCAGAGAGUCUAGGGCAGCCUCUCUGGCGUUGUCAGUGAUGUAAAUUCAGUCCCUGAUUUUUAAUUUUCUGUCUAGUGUCACAGAUCAUUGUUGCACACAAACAUGGCAUAGAAAAGAACAUGUUCAGAAGCCAUGGGGCCAAGCACAUGUGGGGACGGUCUCGAAUGCGUGAUCAGAGAAUCCUUCACCUUUGCUGAAAAGUGAGCUCAGAUCCAGCACCAUGUUCCUCCUGACCCAUCCUGUCUAUCUUCUCAGUUGAGUUUUUAAUCUCACUUUGGGUUUCCUUGUGAAGUUGGAGGGAAGUUUAUAAUAGCCUAACACUACCCCACCCCCAACUAGGAGGAACCUCUGUUUUCAAGAGAGAUGCCUGUCCUGUGCUUGGAUAGUCAGUCAAUUAUUUGUGUAUGAAACAAUGUACAAAUCAAUGUUUUGAAAAUAAUGAUCUCAGACUUUCUAAGUUAAAUUUUAAAAAUUUUGAUUGUUUGCCAUAUUGGGUGGGUUUACUCUUAGAAUCGCAUGCUGUAGAAAUGCUCAAAAGUGCAUAUAGGACUCAGUCCUUAGGUGUUCUUUUUCUUUAAGAAAUAACCUCUUACAGUUGUAACCAUUGCGGCUCUGUCCACUUCUCGUUGCUGCUCUGUGGCACAUAUCGGAAGCAGUACAGCGCGCGGCUCUACACGCUUGGGUAGCGGGAUAAGUCACUGUUUUCUUUAUUUCUUUGAAAAAAAA